CUCUUAGCUCUUUGUCUCUGCCGUCCAUGGCUUUCAUUGCCUGAAUCAAUACUCUAAAUAUGAUUAUAUGAACUCUCUCUUAUAUAAACUAAGCAAUCAUUCCCUCUAAUCAGCCAUCUGGCACCUCUCUGGGCAUUUGUUUAUACCUCAGACUGCUAAUUAUUAUUAAUCAAGGUUUCUGUUGCGAUAAUUAAGAAGAGUUGGCUGGCUAAGCAAAGCAAAGAAGUAUAGUUUUGGGUACAAAGUAGCAGAGAGAUAUCAGAGUUGGUAAGGAAGAAAGAAACCCACUUUCUAAUUAUUCUGUUCUUGUUUAUUUUAUUUAUUUUUUUGUUUUUUAACCUUUUUUUAUUUUUAUGAUUUGGGUUUUUUCCACUUGUGGGCUCCUUGUUGGAGAUGAGGGUAUCCCCUUUUUUAUUUUUUUAUUUUUGAGUGACAGAAGAAGCCCAAAUAUUAAAUAUGUUCAACCUAAUCCCAGCCUGUCCAUGGAGCCUCCAAUUUAAUGCCACCAUGACCCAUGCAAUAGGAAGAUAUAUGAGUGAAAUGAGAAAUAGAACCAAUGGUGAAAACUAUGAUAAUGAUGUCUAAUGAAGUAUAGGAAGAAAGCUCAUGCAAAUACUGAUCUCCAAAGGAUUGUACAAUAAUCAAUAUGUAAUAUGAAAAAGGUAUGAUGGUGUGAUAAAAGUUGGUGAAAACCAACUCGAUGAACACGAAAAUUAACUAUAGAUUUAUCUUCGUAAUACUCAUGCUAUUUGAGUUUUGACGGUGACGAGAAGCCGGAGAACGCUAAAGUAUAUAGAUAGUAGAGGAAACUGAUUGGCUGAGCCGAUCAAGUGGAAUACAAACGAGCGUCAAUUUACAAAACAACCCUUCCAAAUCAGAUUUCUUAAUUUGAUCUAAGACCAUACAAAGUUCUCAUCAAUUCAGUUGGAAAAACAAUGUCCCCAAUCACCCUUGUAAAAUAACUUAUGAACAUGGUGAAAAUUUUCCAUCCCAUCCCAUGUUAAUAAAAAGCAAAAAGAAAAAAAAAUGCAUGUAGGCAAAACUUUUAUAGAUUGAUGCCAAAUUGUUAUAGCUUUUCACCAUUGAAUCUUAAAAUUAGAAGAUAGGAGACUACUAUUGUUAAGAGUUUUUCACGAUUGAAUCUAAAUAUUAGAAGAUGGAGACUACUAACCUCAUGUUACAACUUUUUAAAUGUUUUUUCACGAUAUGAGAUGUACAUAUUAUAUAACCUUAGACAAAAAUAAAGCGAUUGUAAUUUGUAGUCAAGUUCUGACUACAACGCAGCUCCGCCAUUGCAUAUGAAGAUAAGGAUAGGAUCUCAUCCAUCAAAAGAUUCUUCUACUGUGUGUUGCGACUAUAUUGUGUUUUUGCAAUUUGGCAUGCCUCUGAUAAAGCCUUUUAACAAGUAUAGGACAAAGCUGCAAAGCAAGCAAAGCAGCAACGAUACUCCUUUAUGUUUUCAUCGAUCAAAAUCUCUUCGUGUUGCUCUUUUCCCCGCUCAAGCCGGAAAGGGUAUUUCGUAGUUUCCUUGAAUUCGACCAUUUUGUUGCAUUGCGCCACCUUUUGUAAUUUCUCCACAUGUCUCCACUAGAUUGUUCCCCGGCCCCUUCAAUUUCAUAUCAUUGUGUUCUUGAGUUUUGUAGUCUUUCACUUAUCUCUUGUUCUUGUCCUUCCUCGAGUCUUUGCUGAAGUUUGCAUGAUUUAGGGUUGGCAUGUAAGUUAGAUAUGGGCUUAAUUUGUAGUUUACUUUGGGGAACUAAGGGAUGGAUCAUGGAUGCAAGCUUAUAAGAUCAACGUGGGAAUAGGGCUCUGUUAGAGAGUAGUAUAAGAUUCAGUAUAACUUUCUCCCAACAACUCGAGUUAUUGAGACCAAACUGGUUUAUGACAGGCUCGCUUUUGUUUAUCCGAUUUCAGUUGUUGUAUCAUAUCAUUUUUGACCUUUUUUCCGACAAAUAAAAAAAAAUGAAACUGAUCAACUGAUUCUUGAAUGGUAUCAAGCCCUUUAACAUAUUGAGAUUAGGGAUGCAAAUCGAACCCGAACCCCAUGGAUAUCCACCCCGGUCUAAGAGGGUAAACCCCAUUGUUGAUGGAUUUUGUUGGGUUUGGGGUUUUUCGUUUUGGAAAUUGGUGGGUUGGUUUGGGUUUGGGUUUUUCCAAACCACAACCCACUUUUCACCCGGCCCGCAUCCAAACACAAAAACGACGUCAUUUUGUAUCUAACUUGAACCAUAUGAAUAAUUUAUUGAUGCUAUUAAUCUUUAUGAUAAUACAAACCUAGUAAUAUGAAUCAUUUACGAAUGUUCUUAGUAUUUAUAUAGAUUUAUUAGUAGGAAAUUCUUUGAUAAUAUUACGAUUGGUACGUUCCACAUAAUAGAUUCAGAUUAAGAUAAUUAUAAUAAGCAGCAAGUUGUGAGAAAGAGAUCCUCUAAACCAUGAUUACCAAUUGGCGACAAAGUUCAUGAGAUGCACAAUUUUAUAAACGGGCAAAUAAUAUAAAUAUCAUCAUCCUAUCCAUUUCACCCUCAGGAUUGAGGAAAACAUCCGUCUCCAGAAUGUAACUUAUAACUAUUACACAAUUGGUCCCUAUAGUAUCUUUCAUUUCACAAUUGGUCCUUCUCUUUCCAAGAACAAUUACACUAGCCUACACGAGAAUUCCAUUUCCAUGGCUGCCUUUUUUUCUUUCUACUGUGUUCUUCAUUUUGAACUGCUCCCGCCUGCAGGACCGUCGGCGAGCCUUUUGGCUUGAUGGGUUGUUUUUUUUUUUUUUUUUUUGCAUUAGAGGAAGUAAAGUGGACUGUCUGUCUGAUUGCGUCUGUCAUUUUGGAGAUUCACUUACUGUUCUUUUCACCCAUUUGGCACUCACCAAUUCACUCCCCCACGACACUACACUUUUUCUGUUUGUGUCUGAUUUUUUUUAAAAGACAAAUUAGGGUACGAAGAGGAGGAGAUUACAACAUGAAGAUGGAAACAAGAAAUACAAUCAAGCACGGUCGAAACAGACGAGGGACAUUCCUUUCUUCGAUCGAGAACACAACAUCGGAAACACUCUCUGCAUUCACAUUCCUCUGAAUAACACAAAGCACGGCUUCAGCUCGUCCAAUAUCAGCUUGACCAUGACGGUUGAACAAAACGACACCAUAUGC